AUGGAUUCCAAAAAUUCACACACAGUCAGCAAGGUUAAUUAUUCCGGGCAUAGUACCGAGAAAAAAGCGACCACAGCUAGUAGCGCUAGCUAUACCGAACACAGUACAAAAAAGGUAUCAGUGGUAACCAAAAAAGAUACCGAAAAAACUACUACUAGAUUCGUACAAAAUUACGUUGUCGUAUGGCUUGAUACCAAUAUUGACGAGAAAAAAGAGCAUUUUCAACAGUGCAUCAUAGAGGUUCGAAAGAUUGUCGCCGCAUUAGAUCUAUUUACUGACGUCGAGCAAUGUGUUGAAUACCUGAAACGUAGCGAUGGUCAAAAAAUUUUUUUAAUUACAUCUGGGUCGCUUGGACAAAAGGCAAUGCCACUCAUACACAAUAUGGCUCAAGUUGAUACGAUCUUUGUUUACACAGAAAACGAAGAUCUACACAAAGUAUGGGCGAAAGAUUGGUCUAAAGUUGAAGGCGUUCAUGGCACAAUAGAGCCCAUAUGCAAACAAUUAGCAAAGGCUACACGGGCAUGCGAUCAUGAUUCGAUCCCGAUGAGUUUCGUUUCGCAGCAAUGCACGUCAGAUACAGCGUCCAAUGAGAAAAAUCUUGAUCAAUUACCACCAAAUUACAUGUACUCGGCAAUUUUCAAGGAUAUUAUAUUAGAAAUUGACGACGAUGGCGAAAAAUCGAUGAACACCUUAGUGAAAUUUUGCCGAGAACAAAAUAUUUCUGAAACUGAAAUAAGUGAAUUUAAGCGUGAGUACCGCGAAAGGUCACCAGUCUGGUGGUAUACGGAACAAAUGUUUCUGUUUGGUAUGCUUAAUCAUGCCUUGCGAAUGCUCGAUAUGGAGGUGAUGACAAAAUUAGGUUUUUUUAUUCGACAUUUGCAUAUUCGGCUGAAAGAAUUGCACCAGCAACAGCUGGUGGAUUUUCAGACAGUGCUUACCGUUUAUCGUGGCCAGGGAAUGACUAAAGAAGACUUUCAAAAGCUACGGAAUUCAAAAGGUGGGCUCCUUUCAUUCAAUAAUUUCUUAUCGACUAGUAAGAAACAAAAAGUGGCCACAUUAUUCGUUCAAGGCACCCUAAAGAGAAAUCCAGAUAGGGUGGGUGUUAUAUUUAUUAUGACAGUAGAUCCAAGUAAAAUAUCAACUUCAAUCACACCAUUUGCAAUGAUUGAUGAACAGAGUGCGUUCCCAGGAGAACAAGAAAUUCUUUUUACAAUGCACACUGUUUUUCGUGUUGGUGAAAUUAAACAGACGGCUGAGAAUAGUCCUAUUUGGGAAGUACCAUUGACUAUUACUGACGAGAGUGAUCCACAACUUUCUGCUCUUACUGAUUGCAUCAAACAGGAGAUCGACGGUGAAGGAUGGUGUCAAAUGGGCAAAUUAAUGCUCAAAGUGGGUCAUUUCGAUCAAGCUGAAGUACUCUAUAAUGAAUUGCUCAAGAAUCCUUCUGAUGAUAUUGAGAGGGCACAUAUCUAUUACCAACUUGGACGGUUGAAAAACGAUCAAGGUAAAUACCAACAAGCAGUUACUUUCUACAAAAAAUCACUCGAAAUCAACCGGAAAACGCUUCCUGAAGAUGAUGCUUCAUUAGCGCCUACUUAUAGUAACAUGGGUCUAGUGUAUAAUAACAUGGGUGAAUCCUCGACAGCACUUGAAUAUUACGAAAAAUCAAUUAAAAUCUUUGAAAUAUCUCUGCCUCCGAUUCAUCCCGAUUUGGCUAGUUCCUACAGCUGCAUCGGUGGAGUGUAUAGCAGCAUGAGUGAAUACUCGAAAGCACUGGAAUAUUACGAAAAAUCACUCAAAAUAAGAGAAAAGGCUCUGCCUCCGAUUCAUCCCGAUUUGGCUACUUCCUACAACAACAUCGGUCUAGUGUAUAGCAGCAUAGGUGAAUACUCGAAAGCACUGGAAUAUUACGAAAAAUCACUCAAAAUAAGAGAAAAGGCUCUGCCUCCGAUUCAUCCCGAUUUGGCUGCUUCCUACAACAACAUCGGUCUAGUGUAUAACAACAUGGGUGAAUACUCGAAAGCACUGGAAUAUUACGAAAAAUCAAUUAAAAUCUUUGAAAUAUCUCUGCCUCGGAUUCAUCCCGAUUUGGCUAGUUCCUACAGCGGCAUCGGUGGAGUGUAUAGCAGCAUGGGUGAAUACUCGAAAGCACUUGAAUAUUACGAAAAAGAUCUCAAAAUAACAUUAAAAUCUUUGCUUCCAAGUCAUCCAGACUUGGCUACUUCCUACAACUGCAUUGGUGAAGUAUAUAACAACAUGGGUGAAUACUUGAAAGCACUGGAAUUUUACGAACAAUCACAUCAAAUCUUAGAAAUAUCUCUGUCUAAGAACCAUCCUGAUUUAGCUAAUUCCUACAGUAACCUCGCUUCGAUAUUUGACAGAAUGUGUCAAUAUUCAAAAGCAUUUGAGUAUUACGAAAAAUCAUUUCUGAUUUACCAACAGACGCUGCCAUCAAAUCAUCCUCAGAUGGUUUCUUCUUAUAGUAAUAUCGCUUUGGCGCAUAAGAACAUGGGUCAGUAUACGGAGGCUCUGUCGAAAUUUGAAAUAGCACUGGAAAUUGCAUGUGCCAUUCUACAAGCAAACCAUCCUGAAUUGGCAACUUUAUAUAAUAACAUGGGUUCAGUGUAUUUUGGCAUGAAUGAUUUUCCAAAAGCACUAGAAUUAUACAAAAAAGCACUCGAAAUCCGUGAGAAAGUACUUCCAAAAAAUCAUCCCGAACUGGCAGCGUCUUACAACAGCUUUGGCGUGGUUCAUACCGAGUUGAAUGAGUUAGAAAGUGCCCGACAAUACUAUUUGAAAGUACUUAAAAUCUAUGAAGAAAACAAUGUUAUAAACCACCCUAAUUUGGCUGCUUCCUACAAUAACCUCGCUUUGGUACAUGAAAAACUGGAUGAGCAUGCAAAAGCACUCGAAUAUUUUGAAAAAGCCCACAACAUUCAAGAAGUAACUCUGCCUCCAGAACAUCUUCACGUGGCUGUUAUCUGCGACAAUGUGGGAGCAAGCCUCGAAAAUAUGGGCGCGCAUACAAAAUCAUUGCAAUUUCAUGAAAAGGCAAUCACUAUCCGUGGAAAAACUCUGCCUAUGGACCAUCCUGAUCUAGCUGCUUCGUACAAAAUUGUAACUAUGACGCAUUGGACGGUGAAUGACGUCAGUGGGUGGUUGGAAUUAAACGGUUUUCAAAAAUACGUUCAAGUUUUCAAAGGUAAACACUGUUCGAAAUUAUAG